GUUUCAUUUGUGGGACUAUUCCGUCUCGUUGUUAUUGUUCUUCUAUUAGUUGUUCCUAGUUUACUUUUCGAUCUUCCGAAAUUCCAUUUGAACCAUGCUGAACAUCGCACUAUACAUCAGUCUGGUUACCUUUGCUUUGGCAGACGAUCCUAUUGUGCACCUGUUCUCGAAGUGCCCAGCGAGUGACCUGGACACACCAACCCUCCAUCUGACCGCCGACGUCCCUGCCUAUGCCUUGGCCAGGUGCAGGAAUGGGGACAAACCUUUGACGGUCGUAGACCCAGUUAACUGGGAAGUGGAUGGCUCCUUCAGUCAGUCCUACGUGGGGACAGCAUGCCAGUUUUACAAAAAGGAAGGUAUUCGAACGUACACGGUGGACGUAGAAGUGGGCUGGGGAGAACGGGACGCCCAGAUCAUACAAGAGCGCAAAAUCCACACCAUUUCGUGUGCCUACGAUGCCCACGGCAAGGCCGUUUCCAAGACUGAAACCAUUGCGGACUGGUUCCUGAACCCAUGGGAGAAGCAAACUCUUCUCGGUGGUAACUCGUCUGCUACUUUCACCCUGAAGGUCAUGGAUGCACUAGGACAAGAGGUCACCGGAGAUCACAUCUCCAUUGGCAGGAAAAUACAACUUGUUGCUUGGGAUACUACAGGUGAUCUCCAGCCAUUUGGAACUGUGUCGAAGCAAUAUACUUUAGACUGA